CGGCCCCGGCCCGGCCCGGCCCGGCCCGGCGCCGCCGCCCCCCGCCCGCUCGCCCGCCCGCCCCGGCCGCGUCGGAGGGCCGGCAGCGGGGCUGGAUGUGCCCGGCUCCCCCCGCGCUGAGGUGGGCAGCGAUGCAGAAGGCAGGCGGCAGCUUCGCCUCCGCCGAGAGACACCCGCUCAAGAUGGCAGAUGUGUGUUGAGUUUGGGGGGCUGCGAUCUCGCGUCGUUCGUGGCGGCGUUGCCAUGAAUAACAGGCGUCCUUGCACCGAUGGCCCCCAUGUACGAAGGUAUGGCCUCGCAUGUGCAAGUUUUCUCUCCUCAUACCCUUCAGUCAAGUGCCUUCUGUAGCGUGAAGAAACUGAAAGUGGAGCCGAGUUCGAACUGGGAUAUGACUGGGUACGGCACACACAGCAAAGUCUACAACCAGAGCAAGAACGUGCAGUCCUCCCAAGCAGCCGCCGCCGCAGCCGUCAACGCCUCCCUCCAGAUCCCCAACCCGAGCAUCCCUUACGAGCAGACCAUCAUCUUCCCAGCAAGCACGGGGCACAUCGUGGUUACAUCUGCCAACAGCACUUCUGGUGUGGUUGCAGUGUCUGGGCAAACGCUGGGCGGGCCACACAACCUGAUGCGUCGCAGCACUGUGAGCCUUCUGGACACCUACCAAAAAUGUGGACUUAAGCGCAAGAGUGAGGAGAUUGAGAACACGAGCAGCGUGCAGAUCAUCGAGGAGCAUCCGCCAAUGAUUCAGAACAAUGCCAGUGGGGCCACUGUAGCCACCGCCACCACCUCCACGGCCACUUCCAAAAACAGUGGCUCCAACAGUGAAGGGGAUUACCAGCUGGUGCAACAUGAGGUGCUCUGUUCCAUGACCAACACGUACGAAGUGUUAGAGUUUCUUGGCCGUGGAACCUUCGGACAGGUAGUCAAAUGCUGGAAACGUGGCACUAAUGAGAUUGUGGCUAUCAAGAUCCUAAAAAACCACCCUUCUUAUGCCCGGCAAGGCCAGAUUGAAGUGAGCAUCCUGGCUCGGCUGAGCACGGAAAGCGCGGAUGACUACAACUUUGUCCGUGCCUAUGAAUGCUUCCAGCACAAGAAUCACACAUGCUUGGUCUUUGAAAUGUUGGAGCAGAACCUCUAUGAUUUCUUAAAACAAAAUAAAUUCAGUCCCUUGCCCCUUAAGUACAUUCGACCAAUUCUCCAGCAGGUAGCAACUGCCCUAAUGAAGCUGAAGAGCCUGGGACUGAUUCAUGCUGAUCUCAAACCAGAGAACAUCAUGCUGGUAGACCCAUCCCGACAGCCAUACAGGGUCAAGGUCAUAGACUUUGGUUCAGCUAGCCAUGUGUCUAAAGCUGUGUGUUCUACUUAUCUUCAAUCCAGAUACUACAGAGCCCCUGAAAUCAUCCUCGGUUUACCCUUUUGUGAAGCAAUCGAUAUGUGGUCAUUGGGAUGUGUCAUUGCAGAGCUGUUCUUGGGCUGGCCCUUGUACCCAGGAGCUUCGGAGUACGAUCAGAUUCGCUACAUUUCCCAGACGCAGGGCUUACCAGCAGAGUAUUUGUUAAGUGCAGGGACAAAGACUACAAGGUUUUUCAACAGGGAUACAGACUCACCAUAUCCCUUGUGGAGGUUGAAGACGCCAGAUGAUCAUGAGGCAGAGACGGGGAUUAAGUCAAAGGAAGCAAGAAAAUAUAUUUUCAACUGUUUGGAUGACAUGGCACAGGUAAACAUGACAACGGAUUUGGAGGGGAGCGACAUGCUGGUGGAAAAGGCAGACCGGCGGGAGUUCAUAGAUCUGUUGAAGAAGAUGUUGACGAUAGACGCGGAUAAGAGGAUAACACCCAUUGAAACUCUGAGCCACCCUUUUGUCACCAUGACGCACUUGCUCGACUUCCCUCACAGCACACAUGUCAAGUCCUGCUUCCAGAACAUGGAGAUUUGCAAGCGGCGGGUGAAUAUGUACGACACGGUGAACCAGAGCAAGACGCCAUUCAUCACCCACGUAGCCCCAAGUACAUCGACCAACCUGACUAUGACUUUUAAUAACCAGCUGAACACAGUCCACAACCAGACCACCAACCUGGCUCCCACCUCCUCCAGUGCCACUAUUUCCUUAGCCAACCCCGAGGUCUCCAUACUAAAUUACCAAUCUGCACUCUACCAGCCCUCAGCGGCGUCCAUGGCUGCGGUGGCCCAGCGGAGCAUGCCCCUGCAGACGGGAACAGCGCAGAUCUGCGCCCGGCCGGACCCCUUACAGCAAGCCCUCAUCGUCUGCCCACCAGGCUUCCAAGGGUUACAAGCCUCCCCUUCGAAGCACGCUGGGUACUCGGUUCGGAUGGAGAACGCCGUUCCCAUUGUCACCCAGGCUCCUGGGGCCCAGCCUCUUCAGAUCCAGCCAGGACUCCUCGCACAGCAAGCGUGGCCCAGUGGCACUCAGCAGAUCCUGCUCCCUCCCGCCUGGCAGCAGCUGACCGGGGUGGCCACCCACACUUCUGUCCAGCACGCGACCGUCAUCCCCGAGUCCAUGGCAGGCACCCAGCCGCUGGCAGACUGGAGGAACACGCACGCCCACGGCAGCCACUACAACCCCAUCAUGCAGCAGCCCACACUGCUGGCCAGCCACGUGGCCCUGCCCGCCGCCCAGCCCGUCAACGUGGGCGUCGCGCACGUCAUGCGCCAGCCGCCCGCCGCCGCCUCCGCCAGGAAGAGCAAGCAGCACCAGUCGGCUCCACGCAAUUCAUCCACCUAUGAGGUGUCGUCCUCGCAGUCCCUCAGCUCUCCGCAGCGGUCGAAGCGCGUGAAGGAGAACACGCCUCCGCGCUGUGCCAUGGUGCACACCAGCCCCGCCUGCAGCAGCGCGCUCACCUGCGGCUGGGGCGAGGCGGCGGGCGGCGGGCGCGAGCGGCAGCGGCAGACCAUCGUCAUCCCCGACACCCCCAGCCCCGCCGUCAGCGUCAUCACCAUCAGCAGCGACACGGAUGAGGAGGAGGAGCAGAAGCAUGCGCCCACCAGCACCUUGUCCAAGCAAAGGAAGAACGUCAUCAGCUGUGUCACUGUGCAUGACUCCCCCUACUCCGAUUCCUCCAGCAACAACAGCCCUUACGCCGUGCAACAUCGCACAGGGCAGAAUAAUGGGAACAGCUACGACACCAAAGGGGUUCCAGAGACUCACUGCAGUGGGAACCCCCGAACGAUCAUCGUGCCACCACUGAAAACCCAGGCCAGUGAGGUGUUGGUAGAGUGCGAUAGCCUGGCACCAGUCACCACCAGUCACCACUCAUCCUCCUACAAGUCCAAGUCCUCCAGCACCGUGACCUCCACCAGCGGUCACUCUUCAGGGAGCUCGUCUGGAGCCGUUGCCUAUAGGCAGCAGCGACCAGGAGCACAUUUCCAGCAGCAGCAGCCUCUUAAUCUAAGUCAGGGCCAGCAGCACAUCUCGACUGACCGCGCAGGGAGUCACCGGAGACAGCAAGCCUACAUCACUCCAACGAUAGCUCAGGCCCCGUACUCUUUCCCGCACAAUAGCCCCAGCCACGGCACCGUUCAUCCCCACCUGGCCGCGGCUGCCGCUGCUCACCUGCCCACCCAGCCCCACCUGUACACAUACACCGCCCCCGCCGCCCUGGGCUCCACGGGCACCGUCGCGCACCUGGUGGCCUCACAAGGCUCCGCCCGGCACGCGGUGCAGCACACCACCUACCCCGCCAGCAUCGUCCACCAGGUGCCCGUCAGCAUGGGCCCGCGCGUCCUGCCCUCGCCCACCAUCCACCCGAGCCAGUACCAGGCUCAGUUUGCCCAUCAGACCUAUAUCAGUGCUUCUCCAGCCUCCACAGUCUACACUGGAUACCCACUGAGCCCCACCAAGGUCAACCAGUACCCUUACAUCUAAACACUGGAAUAAAGAGUGAGAGACGCACCCAUCCCGGGGGGAGUGAGGCAGCCGCUUUUGUAUUGAAGAACAUGACAAACUAACAAUGCAAUGGGAGGCUCGUGUGAAACUUGAACGAAGGAGACUUUAGGAAGAAAAGAAAAAGAGGAAAGAAGGGGGAAAAUCAAUUCUACAGUUUUUAUUUAAAAAAAAAAAAAAAAGAAAAUGGAAAAAAGAACAGAAAAAAAAAAAUAAACCACAAAAAAACAACCAUUCUGCACCAAACUAGAGGGAAAGAGAGAAGGAGAAGGACCCUCCAGCGGGUCCUGUCUUUUGAAGAACUUCACCAACAGACUUUUAAAGGUUAUUUUCAUCCAAUAGUGAGCUACAUUUAGAAAUUUGUUGUCCAGAAUACCUAAAAUGAAAUCCAUUAGGUUUUUAAUCCUGUAGGUAUAUGGAUUAGGGAUUUAUCCAGCAUUUCAAAGGAUUUAUACAGCAGUUUUUGUAUCCCAAAGUAUACAUAGGUUUGGGGGGAUUUUUAACGGAAAAAGAAAGUGUGUAAGGGAGGCUGAGGGUGGAAGACAAAACAUUAUCCCAGUGCUCUAAAUUUGGAUCUAACACUGCUACACUUAAUCACACCUGGGCAGAACAGGCCAUGCAGCACUGGUUGAGAGCAAUGGGGGUAUUUCUCCCUCUUCUUGAACACACUGGAUAAAUCCCUGAGAAAUGCUAUUCCUAAACAAGAUCUCUAAUAAUGUAUGUUGGAUUUCA